GCAGCACCAGAACCAGAACCAUGGCUCCAGGUGGUCAGCUUUUGUGGCUGGCUUCCGUCUGCUGGAUUGCAUCACUAAUGAGUGGCGCUGAUGCACAGCAUCUGAUCGCCUACAUCUCGCAAAGAGGUCUGCACGGAGAGAUCACUUUUCGGCAAAUGAAUGCCACCACGGUGGAGAUCAAGGCCAAUCUGGAGGCCACUCUGCAGUACCCCGACCAAGUUUGGAGUUGGGCAGUACGUCGCUUUCCCGUGGACUACUCCAACACUGAUCCCGACGAGCGCUGCGAACUGAGUCGCCUGGGAACGCAGGUACUGUCCUUUGAUGAGGACUUGGAGUACCUGGUGCUGCCCGGCAAUGAGACUUCCACCUGGGAGCGGAACAUGCAGUUGAUUGGGGAUCGCGGUAUCUGGGGCAAGUCCCUGCUGCUCACAGAGGUGAACGCCAAUGCACGCAUCUGUGCCACCAUCACCACCAUCCAGAGUUCAGUGGAGCACAUGGCAGAGGCUCGUUUCAAUACUCCAGUGGCCGGAUCCGUCCACUUCCGCUGGCUGGCGCCGGCGGAGGGAGCUGUUGGGGAUACGCUAAUCUACUCGGAUCUUUACCACAUCAGGGCGCAACCAGCUGCGCUGGAGGAGGACAGAAGUCAGGCUGGACCGUUCACCCAGCACCACUGGAAGAUCUAUGUGACGGACAUCUUCAAGCACGACCACCAUCGCACGGAGGACAACUGCAACUUCCUGCAGCAGGUUUUCGAUCCCCAGGGAAGUGGAGCUGGCAAGGGCAUUGGCGAUCUGGACGCACGUCUCGGCAGGAUUGGAGUGGCCAAGAAUGCCCUUCGUUCGCCACAACGCAGCGUUUUUAGGGAUGCCCAGUUGGCUCUGCUGCCCUCGGAUCUUACCAUUCCGCAUAGAACCCUCUACCUGGUACUCUUUGACAACCAACAUCCAGACUCGUACCUCGCGUGCACCAAGAUUCGCCAUGUCCAACCUUUGACCCAUAAAACUUUCAUCAACUCGGGUGGAGUCAAGGGAGAGGUUACCUUCAUGCAGCGCUCCAAGUUCGACCCCACUUUCCUCAACUUCACCUUGGAAGCACCGCUUUCGCAGCAUGUGAGUCGCAAGUUCGCCGAAGAUGUGGCCGCCUUUCGGAUUCACAGUCUGCCGCCGGUGCCGUCGAGAAUGGGUCACGAGGACUACUGCCUGACCACCGGGGACAUGCAUAAUCCCCGGGAGCUAAGCGAGAAUAUACCACCACCCGGCUAUGGAACCCAGGAGCAGUAUCCCGUGGGCGAUCUCUCCGGGAAGCUGCAGGGUCGCAAUAAGGGCUAUUGGCAUCAGUAUGUCUUGCCCGGGACGAGUUCCGAGUUGAAUGGCCUCUACUGGGACGUAUUCCUGCCCCUUCAGGGACGCCAAAGCAUUGCCCAAAGGAGCCUGGUCAUCUACACCUUCAAUCGAUCGAACGUCACUGACAUUACAAAGAUGAUCUGGGGCUGUUCGAGCCUAAGUCAAUACCAACGAAAUGGGAUCUACCAGCAGAACAUGGUUACGGCUCAGGUCCUUUUCCGCUAUCCCGUGGUGGGUCGAGUCAUAUUCCGGCAGCCGGCGGAGCAGCCUUGGCAGGAUACCACCGUGCUAUUCGAGUACCUCAUCCAGGCGGAUGGCUCCACGCAGAACACCACCCACGAUCAUCGUUGGGCGAUCCAUAGCAAUGCACCCGGAAAGGACUUCUACGACUGGCAACAGAGAUGCAUUUCCGCAGGACCUGUGUAUAAUCCCUUCCGCGUGGAUUGGGGCAAUCGCAGUGUGGACGACUUCUGCCAACCCAGCAUACCCGCCAUGUGCCGAGUGGGUGCCAUGGAUGCCAGAUCGGGCACCCUGACCAUCGCUGGAGGCAGAAGAGUGGCCCAGAAAAUAAGUAGGAAAAUGUUUGUGGAUGGCAAUCUGCCACUCUCCGGCAGACACAGUAUCCUGGGUAAGUCCCUGGUUAUCUAUGAGGAUAGUGGACCCAAAGCCAGAGGCGAGCGAUUGGCUUGUUCCGCCGUGAUUGGUCAUUUCCGGCGGAAGGUGGUGGCCAAGGAGUGGUACGCAAACGGAGACUCGUUGACAGUCAGCGGCCGGGUGGAGAUCACCCAGCAAUCGGAGUAUGAUGUCAGCAAUGUGGAGGUGCAACUCAAGGGACUGCAGGAUAACACAGGAUACCACAUCCAUAGGACACCCGUGGAAGCGAACUUGGCCUUUCCCUGCGAGGCGUCCACUCUAUAUGGUCACUGGAAUCCCUUCGACGUCAGUCCAAAGUCAUCACCUCCUCCCAAGAGGGGAACCACCGAUCAGUAUGAGAUGGGAGAUCUGAGUGGAAAGUUCGGAGGUCUUGAGGGGGUAACCCAGUUCGAGGAUUCCUACAACGACACGAAUCUUCCACUUUUUGGAUACAACAGCAUCAUUGGAAGAUCUGUGGUUAUUCAGAAGAAGCAGAAGAAUGCCCGAUGGGCCUGCAGUACUCUGGAGCGUGGCUACAGUCCCAGUGAGGCCAGGGAACUGAGGGCCAUUGCCUCGUUCCAUCAUCCCACUGGUUACGCCUACGGUUACAUCAAGAUGACGCAGCUCAUCCACAACGAUGGCAGCCAGUCGGAGACGGUGAUCGAGGUUAAGUUACGGCAUCCGGGCAAAAACGAUCGCAACUCUACGCGAAACCACAACUGGCAGAUCUUCGUCAAUCCCGUGGGCGUGGAUGCAGCCGUCAAGCCCACAAUUACGCGCUGUGUGGCCGGUGGAUAUGUUUGGAAUCCAUACUACACCCAGCUGGCGGAUCCCCUGAAUCUGGAUCUCUAUGAGCAGGAGUGCAGUCCGGAUAAUCCUUUGCGCUGCUACGUAGGCGAUGUGGGCGCCCGUCUGGGAACAAUAGAUCUUGGAGGUGAGCGCGUUGUGCUGACCGACUCCAACUUUCCCCUGGAAGCUCCCGUAGGAGCCAUUGGGCGUUCCAUUGUAAUUUUUGGACCUGACCACUCCCACGAGCGGUUUGCUUGUGCGAACAUAGAACCCGAUCAUAACGUCAUUAAGUACAUAAACCUACAGAAGCCACCCCGCUUCGUAGUUGCCCAGUUUCUGGAUGAGCUGCGAUCGGUGAUGGGCAUUCCGGAAUGGAUGCUGGAUGUGGAUGCGCGUAAGACCAAGGAACUGCAUGGUGGAGCCUGCAUCCAGAUGAUCAUCCACUUCAAGGGGCCACUGGCCCACAGAUUGGAGCUGGAUAUGUCUCGAUUGAUAGCCGCCGGAAGAUUGGAUGCCCCUAGUCUGUUCAUUCCCGGCUACGUGAACCAAAAGCGAAAGGCGACCAUUUCCUAUCGUACCUGUGGUGUCAGGGAUACCAACGAAAAACGCACCAAGAACUUCAAGGGUGGCUUUUACUCCUCCAGCUCAGCUCCAAGCGAACCAAAGCCCUUAGUAUUAGCCUUCGUAGUCAUCGGCUUAGCCUUUAGGUUCCUCUAACUCGACGUUGUAAUGUAAUUUUGUAUAAUACUCAAAGCGAUGUAAAAUACCACAGUAGUCACUAGAUUAGCAACUACAUUUCUGUAAAUUAUUGUACAUUUUAUGA